CGGGCUCCGCCGUAUAUAAGCGGCGCGGGGUCCUGCGGGCGCGGUCCUGUCACGCUCGCACGGGGAGGAGGCUGAGGUGGCGAUGGCGGAUUUUGAUCCUUACGACGAUCGGGCCUACAGCAGCUUCGGCGGCGGCCGGGGGUCUCGUGGGGGUGGCCUUGGUUCGCGCAAACAGAAAGAGCUGCCGACAGAACCCCCCUUCACAGCCUAUGUGGGAAACCUACCCUUCAACACCGUUCAAGGAGACAUAGAUGCCAUCUUCAAGGAUCUCAGCGUAAGGAGUGUACGACUAGUCAGAGACAAGGAAACAGACAAAUUUAAAGGAUUUUGUUACGUAGAGUUCGAUGAAGUGGAGUCACUCAAGGAAGCUCUUACAUAUGAUGGUGCACUUUUGGGUGAUCGAUCACUCCGAGUGGACAUAGCAGAAGGCAGAAAACAGGAUAAAGGUGGCUUUGGCUUCAGAAAAGGUGGCGGGCCCGAUGACAGAGGAAUGGGAGGAGGUCCCCGAGAAUCCAGAGGAGGUGGAUGGGAUUCCAGAGAUGACUUCAAUUCUGGAUUCAAAGAUGAUGACUUCUUGGGAGGCCGGGGUAGAGGAACCCGCCCUGGAGACCGGCGACCACCAGGUGCCUCAAUGGGAAGUGGUGGCACCGGUCGCUUCAGAGAUGGGCCUCCCCUUCGUGGGUCUUCCAUGGACUUCAGAGAGCCAACAGAAGAGGAAAGAGCACAGCGACCCCGACUUCAGCUCAAACCUCGAACAGUUGCUACUCCCCUCAAUCAAGUAGCCAACCCCAACUCUGCUAUCUUCGGUGGAGCCAAGCCCCGAGAGGAAGUAGUAAAAGAGCACGACUGAGUUUGGGGUUGAGAGGGAAUGGGGAGGCGGGAGAAAAAGCAAGACAGUACAGAGUGACUAGCUCUGCUGGAAUGUCAACCCUGCAGUUUACCAUUCCUGCCAUCUGGCAUUUGUCCUAUUUGAAACCGAAAACACAGAGCUUGUGAAUGCAUGUCAGCUGUUAACAAGUGGUUUUUAGUACGUUCUUGGCUUUGCUGUAUCUAGUGCCUGCUUUGUGCUGAGUUUCCCUCUUCUGUUUCCUUCCAAGCAGCACAGUUGCCAGCAGAUAAGGCAGUGUAGCUGCUUCCACGAGCGUGGAGGUCUCUGGACAAUGGUGCUGCUUCAACUUCUUCCUUUCUGGGUUUGUUUUACUUUAGAAGCACAGGUUAGACUUAGUUAUUGCCCCGUAUUGUUUCCUUCCUCAGUGCUCCUCUUCUGACCUGCAUGUCUCGUUCUGUAUUGCUGUGGCUCUGAAGAGGAAAACUGGGAGGGUCCAGAUGAGUUGAACAGAGAAAUUCCCAGUUCUAACCAAGUAAUGAAAUACCAUUGAUGACAAUUGAUGAUAGUUACUGUACACAGCAGAGCCCCUUAUGAAACUAAGGGGGGAAAGCUGCCCUUUCACACAGGUUACCAGGAAGGAUCAAUUUAAUAGAUGCAAAUAAAAUAGGCUGACGAGCAGCCUCGUGAGUAGGUGGUGGAAUCAGUAUUGAUAAAGCCUCUGCCAGCAGACUCUGGUGGCUGGCUGGUGACUUCAAAAUGGUAUGGUGCUGCACCUCUGAGCUCAAGGUUAGUGCUGCAAAAAUGUGCCUGUUUGAGCACAACUGCUCGCUGGCUCUUUCUGCUUACAUAUUAUUUUUUUUUUGGGUUUUACAUGUUUGGUAAAUUUUUAAAGUUUCUACAAAUAAAAUUGACUUUUUUAUUUUUGUUUAAGGAGUGUAUACUUUGCCAUGCAGUAUAUAAUCACCUUUAUCCCCUGUAUUUCUUUGCCCAGUGGUGUACAGUUUUAAGACCUCUGCUUUCAGAAUACCUUGAAAAUGAGCAGAUCAGAAAUCAUUCUGCUCUAGAUUCUUUUCAUGUAGAAGUUUGGGUAAAAAAAAAGCAUCUCUUAAUUGCUGCAUCUCUCUUUGCUUGAAAUAUUUCUUGCCAGUGUUGUGAGGAAGUUGCUGGGGCGGGGGGAGGCUGGAGCAAAAAGGAGAGAGGUCCUUAAUUUUCAAAACCAAAAGCUGGGUGUGUAACACUGCAGUGUGGGUAUGUCCAAUGCAUGAGAAGAUCCUGGGCCCCUGAUUCUCGUGCUGAGAGCUCUCCUCACACCGCCAGCACCCGGAGCUCUUGCCAGAGGAGUUUGGAAGCGUGGCUGCUUGGCUGCCAGCAGCAUCACUGCUAGUAGUGAACCCCUUCCCUGAAGUUCCCUUUGUAAUGUCAGAGUCCCAGCAAUUUACAGAACUGCUCUUUCCUUCCUUCUGCCUGUCACUUAAUCUGCUUCUGAGAUAAGAACCAUUUGUCUAACACUAAUACUUAAUUUAAGACAGACAUGCAUUUGUGUGGUUGUAUUCCAAACCAAUAAUUGACCUUAUUGACAUCUUCAAUGUGGAAAAGAUUUUUAAGAACAAAUUCCCAUAUAAAAAAAACUCACCUCUAGUCAAGAGUUGACUUUUAAAUGUCAAAACAAAAAAAAAAGGAAAAGAAGAGAAUUCCAAACACUUAACACAUUCUGCUUCAUAACAAAAUAAAUUUAUGGAUAUGGUAUUUUGUGAAUGAUCUUUUAAAUAAAAGAAAACAUUAAGUAAUAUUUAA